CUGGUUUCCUUGCCGUAAAUAUGAACUUAAACUUGCCCUGAAAAAUCGAGUUGCGACCGCCAUAUUGGAAUCACGCACUUUUAGUAUUUACACGCGUGACGGGACAUCGGACACGUCACGCGAGGGAAGAUUAAUUUCAGGUAAUUCUGGAACACUUCAGACUUCAGAAACUCUUGCCGAAUCUUUUACAUUUCUAGAACGAAAUAUGGAACGAAGGCGGAAGAAAUGGCGUACACAAUGACGGAUAAACAAUUUUCUAGUGGUAAUUUUUACGAGGUGCUGGGAGUUGAUCCAAAUGCCAGUCAAAAUGAAAUUAAAAGGAUGUAUCAAGUGCUUGUUUUAAAGGUGGACACUUUAUGACUUGUGGAUUUUUCAUGGACUUUUGUAAUCUUUUUCGCCUGCUUUAUCUCCCUUCUCAAUUUUGUCCGGCUUCCUUCUAUAAGGAAAAUACUAGAGGAAUCUUUGAAGUGUUAAUCUUUACUCUUUAGUGAUGUUUUUUGAAAUAUUAUAUGAGAAAUAAAUCAGUUUCAAAAUAUGUGAUAUUGAUUUCAGUGCUGCUGGAAAAGUCUGGCAGCGCCAGCAGCACUGCUCCCAAGAAAUUUUUAACAAAAUAUCUUUGCAGGAAAUUUUCUUACACCAAGCAGGAAUUUUUGUCAUCUUAUAUGUACUGGGCAUAUAACCUAUACUUAUUUCUUAAAAAUUCCAAAAAUGUUUUGCAAAUUGAGAUUGCCUUGUGCCUAGAUAAAAGUUUAUGACAAUGUGAGGCACCAUAUGUCCAAAUUCUAUCUAUGCAGGAAGUUUUAUAUUUAAUGUGCACAGAAAAUUUUAGAUUUUGCUAUACCAGGUAUGGAGAAAUAUGUUUCCUAGGUUUUAGUUUCUAAUUUUUCUUCUAUCACUUUGUGCACUAACUAAUCAUUCCAUCCUAAAUCUUGAUGAUUGUAUAGUACCAUCCAGACAAAUAUGAUGCAGAAAGCAUGACAUGUACCAGUGAUGAAGCAAAAGAUUAUUUUUAUCUCAUUGACAAAGCAUGGAAGACAUUGAGUGACUCCAAGACUAGGAUUGAAUAUGAUGCAAUGUUGAGAGGUAUGCUUAUAGUGGAAAGCUUGUUGUUUGUGUCCAUCUUGAUUUAUAUCUUAUUUCACUGUAGUUUGAGAGACUAAUUUGGUGGCCGGCCGGGUAGCCAUAGAGCUUUUAGUUACAGUGAGCCACUAUAUUUACUUACAUAAUUACUAGUUACUUAUACUAAAUAUUAACCCAUUACCCAGUACUUUCCCCUUGAAAAAUAUAAUUGCCUACCUUCAUUGGAGUGAUGGAGUUGCAUGUCAAGAUGGGAAAGUCUUAUAUUAAAAUAUGAUCUUAUCAUUCCUAGAGCAACAACUUGACCAAGAUUGGCCAGUUGAUGCCGAAGUAAAACUGUCUGAAAUGGAAUUUGAUGAAGGUAUCGAUUGUCUUUGCUGCACUUGUAUAAUGUUAUUAUUAAAUACCUUCUGAGUUCUCCAAUUCUUGAAGUCUCACUCCCCCCUGAAAAGUUGACAUUGAACAAGGCUAACCAGAACUUGCAUAAUUUAUGGACCUUUAAAAGCACCUAUACAAUGGGGUCACAGGUUGCUCCUCCCCAGUCCCCACUCUGGGGUAAGUCUGGAUCUGCUUCUGAAUUUCAAUGACUUUUUUCUCCAAAUUUCUAGCAUACAAGUAUUACACAUGGCCAUGUCGCUGUAGUGGUUCAUAUGAAAUCACAAAUGAAAACUUAUCUAAUGGAGAAAACAUCAUUUGUUGUACAACUUGUUCUUUAACAAUCAGAGUAAGAACAAGUUAAUAAUAAAUUAAUUAGAUAAUAAAGGAUUUUUUAAAUUAAAUUAUAAUUGAGUUAAAAAAAAAGUUACGCCAUUAGCUCUAUUUUAUUUUGUAAAUGAUGACUGUAUUAUAUUACGAUAUCUAAAAUAUACUGAAUGCAUUUAUUACGAAAGUCACCAACUGUGGAAUCGCAUAAAAAAUUUGUAUAUCGACCACUCCCACAAACGUCUACGACCAAACCUACAUAUUUUUG